AUGUCUCCAGCGGAUGAGAGUAUACAUCCGUCUCCCGAUACUAUCAUGUCUCCCCAUCCUCCUGGGCCAUUCCUUUCACAGUUUCCCACGUCAAAGACAGCAGACCCAAUCGGGGCUCAAGACGGACGCGAAGAGGACAGGGUAAUUGAUGCAGAAGAGGGUACACAAUAUCUCGGUCGGCUCCAAUUGACAGUACUGACCCUAUCGUUGUGUUUAUGCGCCUUCGUGGUCUCCUUAGAUGUGGUUAUCCUAGCAACCGCUAUUCCAGUGAUCGCAACCGAGUUCGAGUCCCUAGGCGACGUUGGUUGGUAUGGGUCAUCGUACCUGUUGACACAAACCGCAUUGCAACCAAGUUUCGGAAAGCUUUACAAUUAUUUUGAUACAAAAUGGACUUUUAUAAGCGGCAUGGUUAUAUUCGAGGUUGGAUCGGUUGUGGAAUACUUACAAACCGCCUGGGCUGGCGAUGGUGGUAUUGCCUCUCCCGCCACCCCGCUUCAUAUAUUCACCGAAUACUGA